AUGUCGAGUCCUAAGAACGUGCGUUACUUGGUUUUGACUGGGGCUGUCACAGCUAUUACAAUUGCAGGAACUCUCUUCGGUGCCGGUAUCAAGACUAACAAAGAAAUAUCCAAGAACACGCUCAAACACCAAGAAGCGACUUUUGAGGAGCAGAUGAAGGCCCUUCGAGACAUGCGCUCGAAUUUAACCGCACGAAGAGGAAUGAUUGAAACGCAAAUACGGGACCUAGAUGCAAGAAUGAAUGAAAAAAAACAAAGAAGUGCGGCUGAAACCGGAUCAGAACACCCGAAUGAAGGACAAUGA